UUGGUGAGGGGGAUCGGAUCUCGAUCUUCUUCUCCAAUAUCUCCCAUUCGCAUUCCUUCGGGAAGUGAGUUGAGUGUGCGAAUGAGUACGGGUGGGUUGGUGACUCUGGACGGGAAGAAAGGGGUUAAAAAGAUAAAGGUCAUCUGGUGAGCCAGAAAGGAAUUGCACAUUUUAUUCCUCAUGAGAACAGGUGGAACUCGAACCGAGUACCCCUAACUCCCCUUGCGAACCCCCAUGGGCGCCCUGACAACCACCACGCACCCUUUUUCAACCUACCAAUAUCGAUUGUGACGCCCGAUCCUUGAGGGAACCAAUCCAUCAUGGGACCAAUUGUGUCGCAUACAAGAAGCCCUCAAAGGAAAUGGUUGUUGAUACUCCCAUUACUGCUCCUCACAAUUGGAGCCAAUGGAGAUCCAAAACCGAAGCCGAGAGCAAAACCUAAGGCAGGCGCACAGACCGACGAAUAUUAUUACUCUGAGUAUGGUGAUUACAACUACAAAGACAACGGCGAAUACUACUAUGACGAAUCCAAUUAUGAAACAGAUUUUGAUGGUGGACCAUCAAGAGGCGAUCAGUCUUUAGUGGAUCCCUCAGCUUCCGGGGACUUAAUUGUCCGAGUGGCUUCGAAGAAUCGACCGGGUUAUUAUUGGUCCAUCGAUGAAGGAAUUGAAGGCUAUCUUAUGUUGGAGCCUGAAAUGUUUCGAGUGGUCAAUCCUGGCCUUUGGGGCCAAGGUUCCAUUUCAUUUGAGUCUCUCACCAGACCUGAACAUUAUAUCGUCCAGCGCAACGAUGAGAUUUUCGUGGAGAGUGGCGACAUCUACAACGAGGACUUCCGGCGAGAUUGUUCAUGGUUUGCCAGAAACGACAUUUUCUUUCCAGGAUACACAUCUUACGAAUCGGUUUAUCGACCUGGCUUUUUUAUUCGUCAUAAGAACCGACGUUUACAAUUGAGUCAACUCUUUUCUCAAUCGGAUCGAAAUGACGCCAGCUUUCUCAUGAGUGAUGCUUAUUCCACCGUUGGUAUCGAGCUGUCAACCAACAUGGAAACCACAGAGUGGAAAGGGUAUCUGGGAAGGAACAUCCAAGUGGAAUCCAAAGCUCGUCCAAACAACUAUUGGGCUUUAGAUGAAACGCGUCGAAACGAGGGCAUUUUAACAGCGAAUGGCCACGUGUUUAGAAUUAUUGAGGGUCUCUGGGGGAAUGGAACUGUGUCAUUUGAGUCAACCACUAUUCCUGGCCAAUACUUGUGCAAUCGAGGAGGAACAAUUAUGGUUAUGCAAGGAGAUCUGAAUGAUGAAGCGUUUAGAAGGGAUUGCAGCUUUAAAGUGUGGGAAAAUCAGUUUUUUGAUGGGUAUACCUCCUUCGAAUCGUUGGUGGAACCAGAUCAAUGGAUUCGUCAAGAUAAUGGACGCCUUCGAACAUCGGAAAUUCGUUCCUACCAAGAUAAUAAUGACGCUAGUUUCCUAAUGAGUGAGACCACGACUAUUCCAUAUCCUGUUACUCCUCCCCCAACCACUACAACUACGACCACAAUAGCGACCACCACCAUUGUUACAACUACGACAACACCAAGGCGUUACUUUCCCGCUCCACUUGAAGGAUACAACUAUCCUUGUGCUGAUUACAAACCCGGAGAGGACGAUCUGGAAAACUUCGAUUUCAUUCGAAAAUUCGAGCUGGAUGUGAACCUUGACGGAUACCCUGGAGUUUCUCGUGUGCGUGGAUCUAAUCGGAUGCAGACCGCAUACCGAAUUGAUCCUACUGCCAACGUAGCAAUGCCAACACUCCGCGUUUUUAACCAAGGGCUUCCAGAGCAAUUUGCCUUUGUAACAACGUUCCGUAACCGACAACCUACCAAUCAAAGAUGGCAUCUUAUCCGAAUCACUGAUACUCAAAAUCAACCACAAUUUGCCGUUGGUCUCGAUCCUAACUUACAAACCAUCGAGUUCUCCAUUCUGAAAUACGAUCGCACUUUGCAAACUUUAAGUUGGGAACAACCUCAGAUCUUUAAUGAUGAGUGGCACAAGAUUCACUUUGGCGUGUUUCGGGAUCGUGUAGUUUUGUACGUGAAUUGUCAGCCUAUUGGAGAGAAGCCGAUGGAAUUCGUCGAUUCCAAAAUCGACCUCAAUGGCGAAAUCCUGAUUGCCAAGCAAGCCAAUUCUUAUCGAACCACUCCCAUUGAUCUGCAAUGGAUGGUCAUGACGUGUGAUCCAGAGAGUGUGGAAAGAGAAACUUGUGACGAAUUGCCGCCGCGGGCACAAGCACAGACACCUCAAUGUCAAGUGUCAUGCCCUGCUGGACCACCAGGUGAAAAUGGAACAAGAGGAAUGCCAGGUCCAAUGGGGCCAAUCGGGGAACGAGGAGCCCCAGGAAGACAGGGCAUUCCAGGAGAACCAGGGAAACAAGGAUUUCCAGGAAUCCCUGGAGAAUUGGGGCGACCGGGAGCUCAAGGUGCUCCAGGACUGAGAGGUCCUCAAGGGCCUGAAGGAUUAAAAGGGGAAAGGGGACUUUUGGGCCCACCCGGUCCAGCCGGCCCAAAUGGAGAGGCCGGUAUUCAGGGAAGACCCGGAUUUCCCGGUGAAGCUGGGAGACCUGGGUUACCAGGUCCACCAGGGCUUCAAGGAUUGCGAGGUCUCCCCGGAGACAUUUCAACUGUAGUGGGACCAACUGGUCCGGCAGGGCCAAAAGGAUCUACUGGAAGUGCAGGAUUACCGGGCAUUGAUGGCCGUAUCGGACAGAAAGGAGAGAUUGGGGAUUUUGGGGCGCCUGGACGGGAUGGAAAGGAUGGUCGAAAUGGUGAUCGGGGUCCUAAAGGAGACCCAGGUCAGCCUGGUCCCCCCGGUGCCAUAGGAAGAGACGGCCGAAGUGGCCCUCCCGGUCCUCCCGGACUACCAGGGGCCCAAGUAGAAGGUGAAAGUGUACCAGGACCAAGUGGACCAGCUGGAAGGGAUGGUUCUCCAGGUAUGCCUGGAAUGGCUGGUCCCAAAGGAGAGCGAGGGGAACGUGGCGAUAUUGGCCAACCAGGCCAACGAGGAGAAAUAGGGCAGAGAGGUACCCCCGGAAUUCCCGGCAAAGAUGGCGAACCAGGUCCGCAAGGUCUAGCCGGGAUCCCUGGUGAAAAAGGUGAACAAGGCCUCCAAGGCAAGGAAGGAGUUGCUGGUAGUGUUGGACCCUCUGGAGUAGCUGGACAACCCGGAGUCGCAGGGCAACCUGGUUUACCUGGAGAAACUGGUCCGCCUGGUAGGCAAGGAGAAAAGGGAAAUCCAGGACAAGAUGGUCGAGAUGGCGCUGAUGGCAAAGACGGGCAAUCUGGUCAACCUGGUCCAAGAGGAAAAUCGGGAGAAGAUGGUGUUGGGGGAGCGCCAGGAGUCCCCGGUGAAAGAGGUGCUCCUGGCAACUCGGGCCCACCUGGAUUACCUGGUCACAAGGGACCCCCAGGAAAAGUCGGAGACACGGGAUUGCCCGGGACCGAGGGACCUAGAGGAAGACCUGGUCCAACUGGACCUGUUGGUCCACAAGGGAAGCCUGGUUCAAGAGGAUAUCGAGGACCAAUGGGAGAGCCUGGAGAACCUGGUCAGAAAGGCAAACCUGGCGUGGAAGGACCAAGAGGCAACAUGGGUCCAAUAGGCCCCACUGGUAAACCUGGAGGGAUGGGACCACAGGGCCUUCCCGGAUUACAAGGAAAACCUGGAACACCCGGUCCUCCUGGACCUCCUGGGCCUCCAGGCGACACUAUUACAGUUGUAGGGGAUUCCGGAGGAGGAGAUGGUAGGCCAGGAGCAACUGGUCCACCUGGACCAAUGGGACCAUCUGGUCUACCUGGCCCUAGGGGUGCUAGUGGUGAUCGAGGGCCUGAAGGUGGAAGAGGAAUGCCUGGCAUUCCAGGCCCACAUGGGCGUCCUGGUAUUAGUGGACAACCUGGAGGUCCAGGAAAGCCAGGAGAACCGGGCUCUCCUGGUCGACCCGGUAGGGAAUACACCGAGGAUGACCUACGAGAAAUUUGCGCUUCCGUUUUGAGAGAUCGACUGUCUGAACUGACGGCUGGACUUCAAGGCCCGCCCGGCUUGCCUGGACGUGGAUAUCGAGGUUUACCUGGGAAGUCAGGACCACGUGGUCCCAUGGGCGAUCCUGGUGUGUCUGGAGAGCAAGGACAAAGAGGAUUCCCUGGUUUGCCAGGUAUGCCAGGAUCCCCAGGAUCCCCUGGCAUCAAGGGUGACCGUGGAUACCCAGGCGAUCCAGGCUUGCCAGGCGAGGGUAGAGAUGGUCCUAUCGGUCCUCCUGGUCAACAAGGAUUGCCGGGUAGAACUGGCUCCGUUGGCGACCCAGGACCCCAAGGAGAUCGUGGAGCGCCUGGAAGACUUGGAAAACGUGGAUUACCCGGAGGACCUGGACCGAUUGGUCCCCCUGGAUAUUGCCAAUUCUGUGAUACAUUGGCCCUGCAAGCUAAUAGACCCUCGAACAUGAAGAAAGGGCCCUGAUCAAUUCCUUGCCUGCGACGAUGAACGUUGAGAACGUGUUCUAUAUUUCUUAUCUCUCAUCAAUCUAGUAUUUGCUUUGUAUUGCGUUAGAUGUUUUCAAAUUAUUUUCUUAUUGUGUGUUAACUCUCUAUCCAACCUUAUUUACCCUCUGUAGUAUAAGAAAAGACGAUUUUGUGAUCAGA